AUGAGCCACCAACGAUUUACUUCGCAUGAGGUCAAGGAGCCGCAUUCAGUGUCGCUCAAAGUGUUGAGAUUAUCCCGACCCUCACUGGUGCCGCAGUUUCCACUCCAGCCUCCAGUGAUUCCGCAAUCCUUGACCUCUCCUGUAGCCGGCCCCGCGCCGGCGGUCCUUCUACAACCUCGCCAUCUACCACCUCUACCGGCAUCGCUCGCGUACAGCCCGCUCAGUCCGAUCAAGAAAUAUGAAGAAGGUAGCCAAGGAGCUGAAAGCGGGGGCGGUGAAAGGACAAGAGAUGGAUACUACAACACCGAGCCCUUCAUCCUUUCUCCCAUCGUCAACCUUCCACCCUCGUUCGGCUCUGCCUACGUAGGCGAAACCUUCAGCUGCACUCUAUGCGCAAACCACAAUGCCCCGCCAAUCGGAGAGAGCGUCACCAAUGGUGUCAAGAAGACGAUCCGCGACGUCAAGAUCGAGGCCGAAAUGCAAACUCCUUCGGGACAAUCUACCAAGCUAGUCCUGGUUGAUACGGCGGGCGAUGAUAAUGCCGGGUCAUCGAACAUGGAUAACGACAACGUCGCCAUCAGUAACGCGGGAAACGAAGACAACAAUAACACAACAGAGACAACACCAACGGAAACAGAAACAGUAGCGACCCUCGAUCUCCUCCCAUCCUACACCACCCUCCAAAAGAUCCUCAACUUCGGUCUGAAGGAGGAAGGGACCCACGUUUUGGGGGUUACAGUGUCGUACUACGAGGCCACCGAGACCAGCGGGCGCACGAGAGCGUUUCGGAAGAUGUACCAGUUCAUCUGCAAGCCGUCGCUGAUCGUUAGGACGAAAGCCGGGCCCUUGCCUUCUUUGCCUGGCAAGACAAAAAGGAGGAGAUGGGUGCUGGAAGCACAGCUAGAAAAUUGCUCUGAGGACGCGAUACUGCUGGAGAAGGUCAAGCUGGCGGAGGUGCAGAGGGGACUGAAGUGGAGGGAUUGUAAUUGGGCGGGGAUAGGGGCAACAACCACCGGGGAGGAAGGGAAUCGGAUAUCUCAACAAGGCCAAGGUCAAGGCCAAGGGCCUCCUAGACGACCGUUUUUGCACCCUGGGGAGUCGGAGCAGUUGUGCUUUAUCAUUGAGGAGAAAAACGGGGAAGAAGACGCGGCUGAGGUUGAGGAGAAGGAUGGAAGGAUAGAGUUUGGUGUCAUGGCGCUGGCGUGGAGGACGGAGAUGGGUAACAGGGGGUCGUUGUUGACGUUGAAACUGGGGACUAAGCAUCUUAAGCCUCGAUGA